AUGUUCAAGUGCGUGCAAGUGCUGGGCCAGUGGCGCGGCGUGUGCCGCGACGAGCUGCUGGGCGGGCUGGACUCCAACCAGGUGUUCUCGGGCGAGUACGCCGACGGGCUCGCGCGCGUGUCCUACCGCCGCGUGCUCAAGCCCUUCGAGGAGCUGGACCGCGAGUGGGUGGUGGACAAGCCGGUGUACGUGGUGUGGGCACUCGGCGCGCGCGACGCCGACAACGAGCCCGCCUUCCACCGCCUGCACCCUGCCAGGGAUGUCAUGCUCAAUCUGGACCAGAAUCCGCCUGUUAACGACUGCUAUAACUUCACUGUCGGGUCCAGCACAGCGCCCACUCCCUGGGAAGUGGCGGAACUCUUCGACCCGUCGCUCCGCGUGUUCACGUUCCGGCUGGGGCCGGCGGCGGGCGCGCGCGGGCUGGCGGGGCGGGCGCGCGCGGCGCCGGCGCUGGCGUGGUACGUCAACGGCCAGCUCGCGCCCGACCUGCAGCUGAGGCGCGGACUCAAGUACAGCUUCAAGGUGUACGGCGGCAACAACCCGCACUCGGCGACGGAGUACCACCCGCUGAUCGUGACGGCGUCGCCGCUCGGAGGCCUGGAGCGGCUGCCCGACGCCGAGCAGCGCGCCGCGCGCGUGCUCGCCGGCGUGCACUACCCGCGCCGCGGCCGCCUCGCGCCCACCGCCGGUGACAACCCUCCCAACCCCCUGCCUCGUGACGUGACCUCUUCCCAACCCCCUGGCUCAUGA